UGUAGCCUCACGCGCUUUUACUGCUUCCGAGGCUAUUCCUAUUUGCAGUUGUCUGGUACCGCUGUCAGCCUGUGCUCGUCGUCGCGUUCGCGUGAAUUGUUAUUCCUCUUGACCGCGCUUUGGUAUAUUUGAAUUUCGAGAAGAACCAAAUCAAAAAUGGUUGCUGCCUCCUCUGGUGCCUUCUCGCGGGACCCAGAUUUCGAACUGCAGCGCCAUUUUCGCUCAUUUUCGACCAAGUCCCUGUUACAACAGCAGAACAGCAACGUGGACAAAGCGAAACGCCUGGCACAACUACAGCGGCCCCAUUUUGGACCGCUUGGAGCUCCAUCUACAGGAGCGACUCCGUCGUCAUCUUCCACCCGCCCCGGACCCAUCAGCAGAAACAAAGGCUCCAUUAAUAGCAGCUACAUAUCGUCCCCGUCGCAGAAGUCGUUCCAACAAGAACGUCAGAGCAGCUACAACCGCCGCGGACCACAUGCGGCUUCGGUUCCACACAACAACUCAUCCGUUGCAGCGGACCAGAGUGGGUCGUUUGUGUGGCUGGACGCGUCGUCGGCGAGCGCAACGAGCAUGGUGCGACACUUGGAUCGGGCUGUCAGAACGACGAAGGCAGCGCCGGCAGGUCGGAGCUCUAGUGCAACUGGCAACAUGAUUCUGAGAGCGUCUACUUCAUCCUCUACUUCGCCUGGGAAAAGGAAGAAUGGCAACAAGAAUCCUUCUAACGCGAUGUCGACCAAGCGGCCCAGCUACGCCCAGUUAAGGCAUGGAGGUGGUGGCACAGAAGCGGCGGGAACAGCAGUUGGAGAUAGUUCCUUUGGUGAUGGCGAAUUUGUUUUCCGAGGGUAUAAUCAUGAUGACGAGACUCGAUCAUCGACGCAGGUGUCCCCUAGCCGAAACCGCAACCCGGCACCGCAGUCUUUUUCGAAUAGGAAGGACUGGAAUGUUUUCCGCACGGAAGCGUCCUUCACGCGAGACGACCUCCGACGCGUGUUGCUUGAGGAGCAGGAGGAAAUGGAGCGACAGUAUACGGAUAGCGAAAGCAGGGAUAGGGACGGAGCGGCGAAAGGGAAAGCCCAUGAUUACCAUUACCGUAACAAAUCGCAGCGUGGUAAUAAGACCAGACACGACGACGACGACCAGGGUGGUCAGGCACCAGCGGGGCAGCAAGCAGCCAGUUGGAAUUGGAACAAUGAGGGGACGACAACUUCUAGAUCAACACAGAUGAGUCCCUCAAGCACUGUUGUAACACCCUCUCGGAGCAGUCCAAUGAUGCAGCCGAGAAAUUAUAACAACCGGCAAACACCAUCUUCGCACAACAGGAACAGCCCACCUGUUUUCUACCCCGAGCCGAGACGUCGCGUGCCGCCACCGCUGCCUCUGAAGAAACUGCACAAAAGAAUAGACGGUGGAAGCUACGCGAACAUUAAGAAUAAACUGCAAGAAGACGGCAACUACGACCCGAGUGUAGUUUCGUCUUCCACGACAACCUCUUCGCUGCACCGAGCCACGGAAGUAGAUCCUGUGGCCGCCGCUUUAGUUGGUACAGCAGCAGCCUCUCCCACCACGACUGUGGAAGCGACAACUGCGGCCAUGCGCACCGAUUUUGCCGGGCUUCGAAACCACGUUAGGGUCGCGCUGGACCUGCUACGGGAAAAAGAGCCGGAUACGGUGGUGCGCGCGGUGCAGGGGAUACUCGAGAACCUGCAGACGGGCGUGGCGCGGCUGCAGUACAAGGUGCUGAGUCUGCAUCUCCCGCCGGAGGUAGCGGAAAGGGAAACACUCGGGGAGUUCCAAAACGAAGCCGAAGACGAGGAGAUGCUAGUGUCGAGCACACCGUACUGUCACACUAGCUGCGGAUUUUCAUAUCACUUUGAUGAACCAAAGAAAUUUCGGUUUUUCUAUCACUCAGAAGUAGUCCUCAGCAGGAUAUUUCCCAUCAGAUACGCAAGUUCAAGUACAAGCUGUAACAGCGACUUCUCAGGUAUCGCACUCCAACGCACAACCGAUCUCGCCUGCAGUUCGAUACCCUACGCAGAUCCAUGCGGGACCGCAGCGGCGGAGCUGGUGCGCCUUCCUCGUUAAAAACACAGGCAACCGCGUGGACCCCCGACCAGGGAACAACGCGAGGAAAGGCGGGGCGAAUAAUGAAGGUACUAUUGAUGCUCGUGCUACCAAGUUUGUGGGUGGGGGUGCGUGUAUCUAGGUGGAUAGUUCAUUUCAUCCUCUUCAUCCUUCUUUCUCGAACUCGAUCUCCAAAACUUUUGCAUCCUUUCCCAGGUCGUUUCGGGAUCCGCUCCGCCGCGUGGUCCUCGUGCCAAGCAUUCACAAGAAUCCGAAGACCAGCCAAGCCCCGGGGGAAGAUCCACGUCUAGCUCAACACUACAUCACUCGGAGUCUGCUUCUUUCUUCCCACCAAGCACUAGUGCCUUCGAGCAAACUCCGCAGGGCGGUGGUGGAGCAAGAACCCCCGGACCACAAGACUACAACGAAAGUACAAAGAAGCGAAAGCGGGCCGCGUAUCAAGAACAGCUGCAGGAGAGCAUGCGGAAGACGCGGGAGGACGUCGACAGAAUCCUCGAUUCGUUUGAAGUCACUGAUUUUGAGGUCCAUAUGGAAAUCUGAAAUAGUAUUCGAGUAGAGUUUGCCUCUGUCUUGCAAUGCAGAUGCUUUUUCGGAUCAUGUUGAGGAUUUCAAUGCGGAACUCGAAACAAGAGGACUUGACGAAAGCAAGUAGUGCCACAAUGAAAU